AUGGAAUCUAGCCGCUGUGAGGAUUGUCCUCCUGAACAGAUCUGCAUGAAACCCAAUCAGCCUGUCUCUGAAGACACUGGUUCUAGUGUUGGAGAAGAGGACACUGUGCUGGGGAUUAAGAGUUUAUCAUCUUUCUUGCUUUUCAAUGUUCUAAUUGUUAACAGUGAUGGCUGUGAGGUGAAGCCUUGCAGGAAAGUGGCUGUGAUUCAAUGCUGUGCAGUAACCUUGGCUUCUGUUUCCUGCGCUUCUAAAGCAGAUCUAGGAAGACGCACCUCCACUCCAGCACCCCAGAGCAAAAUCCCUUCUGAUGGGAAACUGCAGCGUAAGCAGAAACACCGAGAGUCGACACCCCAAAAUGAAUAUGUGAAGAAACUGAGAACUCGCUCGGUUCAGAAUCUUUCUGCACAAGAUAGCCGACCACUUCCUGUGGGAUAUACAGCGACUCCACAUCCCGACAGUUCUGCAACCCAGGGCAACUUCAUUUCCAUACAAACUCCCCAGCAGAUUCCUUCAGAGCAGAUCUUGUAUCACUGUACUGAAUGUGGCACCAAUUUCAGUGACCGGGGAAAGCUGAAAAUACACCAGCGUAGUCACACAGGAGAGAAACCAUAUGAGUGUCCUGACUGUGGGAGGAGUUUUAAUCAGAAAUGUAACCUGAGAACACACAAGCUAACUCACACAGGAGAGAAACCGUUUCACUGUGCAGAUUGUGGGAAGGGUUUUAAUCAGAAAGUACACCUUCAAAUACACCAGCGAAUUCACACGGGAGAGAAACCGUUUCACUGUGCAGAUUGUGGGAAGACAUUCAGAUUUGCAACUGGAUUAAAAGUACACCAACGUAUUCACACAGGAGUGAAAACAUACGAGUGUUCUGACUGUGGGAAGAGUUUUAUUCAGAAAAGUAACGUUCAAGCACACCAGCGAAUUCACAAGGGAGAGAAACCGUUUCACUGUGCUGAUUGUGGGAAGAGUUUUAAUCAGAAAGGUGCUCUUCAAAAUCACCAGCGAAUUCACACAGGAGAGAAACCGUAUGAGUGUCCUGACUGUGGGAGGCGUUUCAGUUACAAAUGUAACCUUCAAACACACCAGCGAAUUCACAAGGGAGAGAAACCGUUUCACUGUGCUGAUUGUGGGAGGAGUUUUAAUAAGAAAGGUGCUCUUCAAAAUCACCAGCGAACUCACACAGGAGAGAAACCGUACGAGUGUCCUGACUGUGGGAGGCGUUUUAAUCAGAAAUGUAACCUUCAAACACACCAGCGAAUUCACACAGGAGAGAAACCGUAUGUGAGUCCAGUAUGUGGGAGGAGUUUCAGUCGAAGACGCAGCCUCAGAACACACCACAUAACCCACACUUGAGUGAAACCUUUUGAGUGUAGUGAGUGUGGGAAGAGAUUUGUAGAGUCAAAAAAACUAAAGAAACACAGUCUAGUUCACAGAGAUUCAGUCAGUCAGGACACUUAAAAACAAAAAAAAGAAUUCAGUUUACUCAAUAAAAGCAUCUCAAUCACACCAGAAUACCAAAGCAGACCCUGCGUCUCUCUCGUCGGUCUCAAAUACAGGCAACUGUGAAAAUAAACAAAUUCAACUCAAAAAAAUCCCAAGCCUGCUGUGUAGGCAAAUGAUUGUAGCCCUGUUUCCUACAGCAGUGCUUCUGAAACUGGGGAGGCACAGAAUGUAUCUUGGGGGGGGGGGGGGAAAGCUCAUGCAAACAUGUGUAGAAAUGAACGCACACAUCUUAACCUGUAUAUAUAUUAAAACAAAUGCUACUGCUGACACCUCCUGCCACACGAAGUACCGCAGACAAGAGGAAGGGUCCCAGGGUGUCAGCUUCAACAACAUUACUGGGGAGUGGCUUCCAGACCCUCACCAGUCUCUGUGUAAAAAAAAGUGCCUCCUAUUUUCUUCUCAAUUUAAGGGUCUAUAUUUUCAGUGACAGAUCUUAGAACAUUAGUAGCUACACCACAACCCUGCAGAUUUGCAAUUACACACUCACACAUUUCCUGGGUGAGAUCCUUUGUCUCGUAGCAGCUUUGUGAAGUACCCGGUGAUUCUAAAGAAAAAUCAUUCAAGUCGCUUUGCCGGUCAGAGAUACUUAUAUCUGUCAUUGGAAAUAUGGAGGAACUUGUGCAUGAAUUGCAUUCAGAUAUAAAAGAUGAUGUAAUGGGCUUCGUAUCUUCUCACAACAUCAUUAGAUCUAAGAUGGAGCAAAGCUUCGACAGCUUUGAAAAUCCAUUUACAAACUUUAAUACUGAAGCUAAAUGGAAAAAACAUUUCAGUGAAUAAUGGGGUGUAUUUGUAUUUUGAUUUUAAGUUCUAUAGUUUUGGAAUUGAAAUAAGUAUCGUGGCACUUUGAGGGCUGGUUAUGCAAUGGGAAUUUCUAUAAAUAUGGAGAUAUAAAGGAAGAUGUAAAUAUCACUCCUUCCACAGAAGGUGCAGGUUUGUCACUGCUUCCAUUGAAUUGAGGAGAUUUAGAAAUCGCAGCCAAAAGUGUGUUCACAAAGAACGUCCAAAAUAUGAGAUCCAAAGGCAACCAAACCACUCACCGUGGACACAAACUUUUGGCUGUGAUGUCAAAAUCUCCCGAGUUAAAGUGAAACAGUAACACAAUGUCAUGUUCUGGAGUUAAAUGCAUUUGUGUAAAUUACAAGUUGGGCUACAGAAAUAGUACAAAAUAACCCAGGAUGGCAGUGAGGACAUUUUGAUUUAUAAAAUGAUAUUCAAGUGUACUUUUUUUCCCCUUUACCAGCAGUUAUUCUUGUGGAUGAACACUGUUGUCUAAAAGUAACUGACAUCCAAAAAUUAUAAACUGUACUUAGUGUCCAAAAGGUGUAUUUUGUGAAAUAAAUGCUUUGAUUUAAUAGA